GUCUUGAUUUCCUUCCUCACGAGUCAAGCCACGCCGUUCUCUAUAAGCCGCUUCUUCGACGCCCGACGCCUGACGCCUCCGCUCCGGGUUCUACCUUCUUCGCCGUCGCCGCCGAGUGGAGCCUCGCAUGGAGACAUCCUCCGCCAUCGCCGACGUCUUCUCGGCUGCGGCGUCCGUCCACGGCCUCGCCGCGUCCGCCAGGGCGGUCGCCCGAUGCCCCCUCUCCGUCCUCGACUCCGUCGGGCCACCCACCGUAGUCCGCGCCGACAUCUUUCGCCACGCCUCCGCCCCGAUCGCCCUCGCCCGCCGCAGCAUGCGCCGGAUCCGGCGGAGGACCCUCAAGGAGGGCGGUGGCGAGGACGACGGCUUCUUCGGGGACGGCGAUGGCGACGACGGGCCUUUUGGAGGCGGAGGCGACGGGGGAAGAGGCUGGAAUUCUGGCGAUUCGGGUCCUGGCUGGGAUGGUUCGGGCGAAUCGUCCCCGUCGGAUCCGGCGUUCGAUUUUAUUUAUGAGAUCGUGUGCUGGAUCGCCCUCUCCAACUGCACCCACUUCGCUUUUAAGAAGAUGGGGCGGCUUCUGGCGCCGAGGGGGCCGUCGGUGUGCUGAUGGAAUCACUACCAGACAAGGCGACCUCACGGAUUAGGGUUUCCUCUCUUACCUCUUCUCUUUCAAUGCAUAUAACUUGUAUAUAAACUUCAUCCUUUUCAUCCAUUCAUGUGAAAACAUUGUCAUGCUGUUACAGUUUUAUUUGUUUUAUGUUAACUACAAUUAAUAUAUUGAUCCCUACAUCAUUAGGCGUUGUCAUAAUAAUUUGGUCGUAUACAACCAAGCCUCAUUGUUAAUCAUUACUUGUUCUGCAUUUAUAUGAACAUUAUUUCUAUGA